AUGGAGAUCAUCACCUUUUUCAUCAUCAUUUCUAUCUUGGUUGCGUUCAUCGCUAAUGAUCCUAUGCAAACGCCAUUUGGAGCUAUUUUCACAGCAGGUGUUGUUGCGUUCUUCGCAUUUAUUGGGGGUGCUUCAUUCCUAAAUCAGCUCAUCAUUGCUAUUCAAGAGCGAUCAGAAGAACAAUCAGAAGACGCAGAAUCCCCUGGGCCCUCUCUACUUAGAUUGGCAGGCCACGGACCUGCAGAAUUCGACACCUAUGAUAAGUUCUACCAUGCCUAUGGCAUCUGCUGUGGUGAAAGGGGGCACUGCCACUCUUGUCUUACGCAGUACGCAGAACAGUUUAGAAAAGAGCAUGUGGAAGAUGGGCAUGAAUUUGACAGGCAGUUCAAGCAUGCUCUUGCUGAAUAG